AAUCGUACGCCUAAGAUUUUCUCUUGCCGUUCACUGCCUUGUGUUCCUUUGCAGUGCGAGAUGGCUUUCCCCAGGGUGAAGCCAGCACCAGAUGAAACCACUUUGAGUGAGGCCUUGCUCAAGCGAAACCAAGAUCUGUCCCCUACUCCUGCGGAACAGGCUUCGAUACUAUCCCUCGUCACGAAGAUCAACAAUGUCAUCGAUAAUCUGAUUGUGGCCCCAGGCAACUUCGAAGUGCAAAUCGAAGAGGUGCGUCAAGUUGGCUCGUAUAAGAAGGGAACCAUGAUGAUGGGUCAUAAUGUCGCCGACCUUGUCGUUAUCCUGAAGAUCUUACCAACCUUGGAAGCCGUGGCUGCUCUGGGGAACAAAGUGGUGGAGACUCUCCGGACCCAAGAACCUGCUGAGACGCUCACCAUGAUCACCAACGAGACCGGCUUCGAGAUCAGUUCCCCGGAUGCCACCGUUAAAAUUCUGAUCACCACUGUACCACCCAACCUGCGCAAGCUCGAUCCGGAGCUCCACUUGGAUAUCAAGGUCCUGCAGAGUGCUUUGGCAGCUAUCCGACAUGCUCGUUGGUUCGAGGAAAACUCGUCUCAGUCCACAGUUAAGGUGCUGAUUCGGCUGAUGAAGGAUUUGAGGUGUCGCUUCCCUGGAUUCGAGCCUUUAACCCCGUGGAUCGUUGAUCUGCUGGGUCACUCUGCUGUAAUGAACAACCCAUCCCGGCAGCCUUUGGCACUAAACGUUGGCUUCAGGCGGUGCUUGCAGCUCCUUGCAGCAGGCUUGUUCCUGCCCGGAUCAGUCGGAAUUACAGACCCCUGCGAAAGUGGAAACUUCCGUGUGCACACCGUGAUGACGCUCGAGCAACAGGACAUGGUGUGUUUCACAGCUCAGACCCUGGUCCGCAUUCUCUCCCACGGCGGCUAUCGGAAAAUCUUAGGACUCGAAGGAGACGCCAGCAGCCUGGCUGUCGAGAUGUCCACCUGGGAUGGGGUGAUCGUGACGCCGUCGGAGAAGGCCUACGAGAAGCCUCCUGAGAAGAAGGAAGGAGAGGACGAACCGACAGAGGGAGCGGAGGAGGAAGAAGAGAACAUGGAGACCACAGAAUGAAGGGACGUUGGACAUCAUUCAGCAAUCAGUCCCCAGGAGCUGAGAAACAGUCGGACAAUAAACGCACACACACACGCCAUUCCUGUUGCCGGAUCAGCUUCCACCGCAACCGUUUGUUACUUUUUAUCCCUACUACUCAUCGUGUUAUUUUUGUAGUUCGUUCAAUUUGCAAUAAAGCCUUUCUUUCAUUUCA